AUGACAGGUGUAGGCGGGGUUGCUAUGAAGCCAGCUGACGAGGAUGCCAUGGAGUCUAUACGCCUGGAUUCCAAAGAUUUCAAGGGCUGGAAGUUCGAAAAGUUUGCUCGUUCUGUUGACAACCGGCUGCUCGUCCGUUCAAAUGCAGACCUGCAGACAUUCCAGCUGCACUGGGACGAGUAUCUUCCCAACGGCAAUGCUGUCAGAAGGUGGAUGAAGUAUGCAGUGAAUCACAAAGUUAAAGUGCUUGAUGUGAUCCUUCGUGAUUAUGAUAAGAGCCAUUUACCUCCAUGCAUCUUCACCUGCCGUUCGCUUCAGGAGCUGAAUUUGCAGUGGGGGGGAGCCAAUUACGACGAUCUCGAGCAUAUCAGACUUGUAAUACCAGAUAGAAUCAACUUCCCUUCUCUCCGGAAGUUGACUCUGCGUGAUGUGCAAGUGGACGGGCUUACUCUGGAGACUUUAAUUGCUUACAGCCCUCACCUAGAAGACAUGCAUUUGAUAGAUGAUUCUCUGAUGUAUCUUCAGCUCAUAGCCUCCAAGGUGUUAAAAAGGCUGACCAUUGAUGGCUACAUAGAUUCGAAAAAUGGUUUUACAAUUUCUGCUCCCCAUCUGAUUAGCUUUGAGUGCAAGCGCUAUAAACUGAAAGAUAUUUCUUGGGGAGACCAGCCAACUCUAGAGAGUGCACACAUUGAUUCUCGUGGGAAAAUGUUUGAUGGCGAAUCUAACUAUACGGAAAUUCUUGUGCAUGCAAAGAAAAUUGCCUUAUUUGGUUCUGACAUAAAGGUUAUGCUGGAAAAGGAGUUGCCAACAUGUUCUGCAGUUGAGAGCCUCACAACUCUGGAAAUCGGCGACUGGCAUCUUACCAACGACCUCUACGUUGUGCUCCGCUUCCUGCAGCUUUCACCGAGGCUAGAAAAGAUCAAGCUGGAUGAAGGAGCAGGCACAAACGUUCGGUCAACUGAUGGAAUGACCUUCCAGUGUCCACUCCUCGAGAGCGUCGUGAUACAGUGCUUCGAGGGGGGUGAAGGGAUCGACAUGCUGGGGAAUGUCAUGGCAGCUAACGGAAUUGCAGAUAUCAUGCAGCUCGGUAUUGCAGAAUUGCAUCUAUCAAAGGCCUCUGCUCCUGCUGCUUUGCUGUUUGUCAACACACAUUGUACUGUAUGUUUGCAUGCUGUGAAUGCUCAGUGA